CCAACCUGUACCGGCCAAUGAGAGACUCCCCACGCUCUUAUUGAUGGUGCGAUCCUCUCUCUCUUCUUCCUUCUCUUCGCUGCGCUUCUCCACUGCUUGUACCUGCUCCGCUUCUCCUUCUUGCUCCUCUUCCUUGGUGGUUUAGGGCUGUGGCGGCGAGGGUUGAGUGGGACUGGUGCUGGAACCGAGGCGGAGAUGCGGCGCGAGGCGGCGCUGCAGGCGAGCUUGCUGGCGCUGGCGGCGGUAAUGGUCCUGGUCGGGAUCUGGACCUUCUCCCUCAAGAAGAUGCUAGGCACGUACGCCUUCGGGAUCAUGGGGAUCGCUGGAAUCCUCUUGCCCGACUGGGAGUAUUUCGAUCGGGACUUCUCACAGUGGUUCACUCCCAUGCCAGCUCGGAGAACCCCCGGCGUUGCUACGGCUCACGAUACUUUUAGGUUUAAAUUUCACCCUCUGCGAGUGACAAUAAUCAGCUUGAUUUAUGGCUUUGGACUCUACAAGUGGUGGAAGUUCCUAUCAAAUUAGCUCCUUUGGCAAUCAAAUGAACUACACAUUUCUUAUUUCAAUUCUCUACUAAAACAGCCUUUUAGAUGAUGAGCUAUUUGAGUAUUUGCCCACCAAAUGAGUUACACUUAUUUUCAAAUCUCAACUGAUACAACUUUUUAGAUGAUGAGCUAUUUUGAGUAUUUGUCUAUCCUUUGUCUUUACAUUUUCAUUCUUUUGUGUCAUAAGUAGGACUACAUAGGAUCAGUUUGGUUCUCAUUUCUAUGUCACUUUAAAACUAAAUGUAAUCUUGGUUAUAUACACAUUCCAUGUUUUAUAUCUCU